AUGGGUUCCCAAACAGAGCUCCCUCGAAUUCCUAUUAUAGAUUUUUCGAAGGAAGAAUUGAAGCUUGCAGCUUCAUCUUCUUGGCUUUCACUAUGCAAUAAAAUCCAGUAUGCAUUAGAGAAUCAUGGUUGUUUCAUAGCAAAAUAUGAUCAACUUUCUCCUGAGCUUUCCAAGAAAAUUUUUAGCCAAACCAAGGAUAUGUUUGAGGUUCCAACAGAAAUCAAAAUGAAAAAUACUAGUCAUGUACCUUACCGCGGUUACCAUACUGGACCUUCAGAUCCGAAUAUGCCAAGGUUUGAAGGCUUAGGCAUUGACAAUGCAACAUCCCUGGAAGAAACUCAAAAGUUCAUGAAUCUCAUGUGGCCUGCAGGAAAGGACCAGCUCUGCGAAGUUGUUAAUUCUUAUGCCAAGUUAUUAGGAGAUUUGAUUGAAUUCAUUUAUGAAAUGGUGUUCGAAAGCUAUGGUGCAAGGAAACACUAUGCCUCUUUUGCUGCUUCCAAUAGUCAUGUUCUUAGAUUCCUGAAAUUGAAGCCUAAGGAUGCUAGUUUAACGACCAAUAUAAGGUUUCAAUCCCAUAAGGACCUUAGCUUUGCAACUAUAGUUCAUCAGAUUGAUAUUCCUGGAUUGGAGGUACAAGCAAAGGAUGGAACCUGGAUUGCAAUUCAACCCCAACCUUCACACUUUGUGUUCUUGGCUAGCGAAGCAAUGCAGGUAUGGAGCAAUGACAGGAUAAAAGCUUGCAACCAUCGAGUGACGAUGUCAGGAAGUGGGGAAAGAUACUCACUAGGGUUGUUUACUUUCAACAAUGGAGUCAUACAAGUACCAGAAGAACUUGUAGAUGAUAAAAACCCAUUGCUAUAUAAGCCAUUUGAUCAUCCUGAGUUUAUUCGUUUUUUCCUUGAUGCUGAUCUGGCAACCAGGUUAAAUAAUCCUAUCAAGACCUUUUGUGGUGUCUAA